AUGAUCAGGAGCUACUUUGACCUCUCCGACAUUCUGGCCAACGAGGAGUCGGUCCCCGUCACCUUCCUGGUGCCGUCGUUCAGCCUGGGAAGGGACGUCCACGCACGCAGCGCCGAGGGGGAGGCGCUUGCGGAGGUGCGGGCGGGGAGCGUCGCCAGCGUUCCCUUGUGGGCCGCCGUGGCGCUCCGCCGCGAGGGGUACCUGCUGCCGCAGCUUCCGCCGCGGUACACGACGUCUGUGUUUCGCGAGUUCAAGACGGACCCGCUCGCGGUGAGCCUUUACGCGAAGUCGCCGUACUACUACGAGGCCGGCCUCCUGCUCUGCGCCAUGCUCCCAGUAAACGAGGGAAACCGGCUUGCGGCGCAGCUCUUUCGCUUGUAUCAGCUGCGCUACCUCAAAGUCAUUCACGCCGCUGCGAAGAAGGGGUUUGACCUGAGUGACGCGCGGGAGCGGCUGUGCGAGAGUGAGCGGGACCUGCUAGACACCCUCCUGCGUGGCCUGGAGGAGGAGCGCCAGUGGCACCGCAGCGUGUUUUAG